AUGAUGAUGAUAAAGAAUGAAGAAAACCCAGGAAGGCGCCGCGGAUGCAUUGCAGACAGUGAAGCUCAGGUAGCUCGGUGUGUCAAAAGGCGGCGAAGGGAUCCUGCUAUAGUUGCACUCGGAAGUGACGAUAAUCAAAGUCAGCAGCAGAUGCCCCAGAAACAAACUGAUCAAACUUCUGCUGCUACCACUGUGAAGAGAAGCUCAAGAUUUCGUGGCGUCAGCAGACAUAGAUGGACAGGUCGGUUUGAAGCCCACCUGUGGGAUAAGCUCUCAUGGAAUGUAACACAGAAGAAGAAAGGGAAACAAGUAUACCUCGGAGCUUAUGAUGAAGAAGAAUCCGCGGCGAGAGCAUAUGAUUUGGCUGCUUUGAAGUAUUGGGGAACAUCAACUUUUACCAAUUUUCCGAUAUCAGAUUAUGAGAAAGAGAUUGAGAUAAUGCAAACUGUAACGAAAGAGGAGUAUUUAGCAUCUCUAAGAAGAAAGAGCAGCGGUUUUUCAAGAGGUGUAUCCAAGUAUAGGGGAGUUGCAAGGCACCAUCACAAUGGGAGAUGGGAAGCGAGAAUAGGGAGAGUUUUCGGAAACAAAUACCUUUACCUUGGCACAUACAGCACGCAAGAGGAGGCUGCACGUGCUUAUGACAUUGCAGCAAUUGAGUACAGAGGGAUCAAUGCGGUGACGAACUUUGACUUGAGCACUUAUAUCAGAUGGAUAAAGCCAGGAGUAGCUGCUCAAGCUGCUGCAAAUGAACUACAGACAGUCACAGAUCCUCAGACAGCAGCGACAUUGACUGAUACCUACACUCCAAGAGAGGAAACCAAACCCUCACUGUUUCUACCUAAUCAGUUCACUGCAGAUUACCUGAACUCCCCACCAAAGCUAGACGCAUUUCAGAACAAUAUCUUUGUAGAUUCUUCCAACAAGACUUCAUCGCCCACUGCCCUCAGCCUCCUCCUACGGUCUUCGGUAUUUAGAGAAUUGGUUGAGAAGAAUUCAAAUGUUUGUGAGGAGGAAACUGAUGGGAAUGAGAUAAAGAACCAACCAAUGGCAGGUAGUGAUGAUGAAUAUGGUGGGAUAUUUUAUGAUGGAAUUGGAGAUAUUCCAUUUGUUUACUCUUCUAACAAAUACAGCCUAGGGUUGGAAGAAAGAGAACUCCAGUUCGUCUUAUAA